UGUUUAUUCGAGUUUGACUAUGAAUUAGUUGUGAUGACGAAGCGCUCUACACAAGUCUUUUCCUGAAGCAGAACUCGUUCACAGGCUCAGCCAGUCAGAGGCAAGCAGUUCCUGACGAUCACCCUGUUCUGACACGCACCGUCUAGAGAUUCGUAAGUCAAAACCUCCCCUAACUCAGUGUCUGGUUUCGGAAAAAGGCAUGGCAGAGGCUGGGAAUAACCACCAAAAUUCCAACGAGGGGCAGACAGAAUACGAGCACUCUCUCCCCUCCCCCAACCUUUUACAGACAUGCAGAUUCAUUUGACGAUUCGUAAUGAUAUUGAAUUGCUCGGCAAGUUUUCCGUUAGCCCUUCGCCUUGUGCUGAUAAGGGAAAUGGGGGAACGGGGGGGGGCCCUUGGGCAAUGCGCAUGGGCAGAGACAGGAUGGAAAAGGGUGGGUAAUGCCAGACGAGAGGCGCAGGCUAUCGCGAGCUAUUCCGGCCUAGUCUGGACCCCUGAAGGAGCUGGAGUUGGAGCUGCACCUCGUUCGAGUCAACUUGUCAGAAGGUGUCGCACAGCAUCUGGUUCAUGCACGGAAGGGAGAGUGUCCCAGGGCUUGGGUUUGGCUAACAAUCCUCCAGAUCCUCCGCUUACUGUGCAGUGCAGUGCAGUGCAGUAUCUUUGAGAACCCACAGACUGAUUUUGGUCAUUCUCAAUAUGGACCGUAACAGAAGCAACACGAGAUUGCGCACAAGAUAGUCUGCUUGGCGUAUGUCACUAGCAGUGAGGACCCCAAGGCCCAAGUCACUCACUCUUUCACUGACUGAUGUACUGGAGCCUGGGUUGGGUUAUCAGAUUACGCAUCGUAUUCCCCCAAAUUGCUUCUCUUGGUCAAACAUUGGGCACUAUCAAAGCGAUAAAGCCAAGGGGAAUGGCAUCUAUUGCUUCUGCCCUGUCCUCGCUCGCCCUCGCUUGAGCCCGGUUCAGUGCCGAGUUUCCAUCGAACCCAUGCACGUAUUUUACUCCGUAGAAUGGGUUCAUUGAUCAAAGAAUAGAUUUCGACCCGCCUUGACGUCACUAUUCCCACUUGAUCUGAGCGAUCCAUGUUGGCACAGUUAGCAGUAACGUUGCAAAAAUAGGAAAUAAGAUAGCGAAAACCCUAAGAGAGAAACAA